CAGUUAUUUAGUGUACUGUAACCUUUUCCGUUUUUUUUUUCACUACAAUGGCACAACCAACAAAAAGUACGCCGAGGGAUGCUCAAGUGAUGGCUGCAAUAUUGAAAGACAUGGGAGUGACAGACUAUGAACCACGACUCAUAAACCAGAUGCUUGAAUUCACUUACCGGUAUGUAACAGAUGUUCUGGACGAUGCAAAAGUGUACAGUAGCCAUAGUAGCAAGAAAAGCAUAGACACAGAAGACGUACAGUUGGCCGUGCAGUGUUGUAUGGACACCUCCUUUACCACCCCACCUCCCAGAGAUCUUCUACUAGAGAUUGCGAGACACAAGAACGCCCAGUCCCUGCCCCUUAUCAAGCCGUACUCUGGGCCCCGAUUGCCCCCGGACCGGUACUGUCUGUCUGCUCCCAACUACAAGCUUGUCAACAGAAAGAAACAGCUUCAUCGUAUCCAGAUCGGCCUGCCAGUGAAUCAGCUGAUAGGCGGCCAUCGCAUCUCUCUCACACCAGUCCAUAAGCAGGCACCCAAGAUACAAGUCAGUGCACAGGGCCAUCAGUUAUCGGUCAUCAACCGGCCGUCCCCUGUGGCUCCCAUAGUGAGGAUGCAGCCCAACAUGCUGCAUCAGCAUUCGGGUGUGUCCACUAGCAUCCUGCCUGGUCUCACACUGUCCAGUCUCCAGCCUGCCCAGACCGGUCUGCCCUCCACUGUUGCUACCAUGGCAACCAGUCUCAUACCCAACCUGGCGAGCAACCCGCUGAAACGGAAACUUGACGACGAUGACUAUGACCAGACAUGAUUUGACGCGUGUCUUUGUGAAGAAUUAUUUUGACUAUCAUGCCCAUUACAUAUACUGGAUAUUGAUAACUAUGACCAGACGUGGUUUAACAUGUCUGUGUUUGGCUAAGAAUUGUAUAUGACCUGUUGGCCCCUUAAAUGAAGUGGAUAUUGAUUACUAUGACCAGACGUGAUUUAACAUGUGUCUGUGUUUGGGCUAAGAACUGUAUAUGAUCAGUUGGCCCCUUACAGGGUUUUUUAUCUGAUUUUGGGGAAAGGGCCUGGCUUUUUUUUAGGGGAAAAAAAAUCGCGCAAAAUGCAGAUUUUGGGGGGAAAAUCAUGCGAAGACGGAUUUUGGGGAAAAUAAGGAAAGUCUAAAAUAAUCAAUUUAACAUAUUUUGUUGUUUUUAAAACAAAUUCUAGGCAACAGAUAAUUUAAUUAUGCAAUAUUUUAUAUUUUCUACACUGGAUCAGGUUAACUUAUGUAUUUAAAGUUAAAAAAAAAAAAUUAAGUCUGGGGGAAAAUUUACCUGCUGAGGGGAAACAAAAUUCGAGGGGAAAGGGCCAUUUUUAGGCGGAUCCCAAAGAAGGAAAAAAAGCCCUGCCUUACUUAAACUGGAUAUUAAUAACUAUGACCAGACGUGAUAUUACAAGGGUCAAUGGUAGGGCUUAGAAAUAAAUAACCCAGCAGAACUCUUAGAUGAGUAGUGUUCUGAGAAAUCUGGGCAUAAUGUAUGUGCGUAAAGUGUUGUCCCAGAUUAGCCUGUGCAGUCCACACAGGCUUAUCAGGGACAACACUUUCUGCCUCAACUGGAUUUUUUAAGAAGAGACUUUCUUCAAAAAGAAAAUAUCAAAGUAAGCGUUAAGUGUCGUCUCUGAAUAGCCUGUGCAAACUACACAGGCUAAUCUGGGACGACACUUUUUACAAAUAUGCAUUAAACUCCUGCAUUAAGCACUGUUUUCCCAGAGCAAGGCUCAUAUAAAGGUCAGGUUGCCAGUUAAGCUAACAUACUGGUCCUAUGUGUUAUCUGGUUGAUAUUUAUUAGUGCGUUAUACUUGUAUUACUGUCUACUGGUUUCAAAGAAAAAAAUUAACAGUGGUUCCACAUUAUGCAUAACAUUGCGCAAGUUGUAGUUGCUUUUGAGGAAAUAAAUGGGUUUUUCACAUA